ACCUCUCCAGAAGGGGAGCUGGACUUUUAGGCAUAACUUAAAGGAAUGGUGAAGAGAAAGUUAUUCCAGUUACAGUUUAAGGAAGACAUUAUUUGGUGACUGUUUUUAUGGAAGUAUGAUGCCUGGAAGGACAGAAUUGGAGAAGGAUAAGGAGACAUGUACCAAUGUCCAGCAGUAGGCUGGUUUUUACCUCUCAUCAUGAUUACUCAGGGCUGCUCUGUGGAGAUUGUGGAAGUAAUAGCAGGUAAAUGUAGUUGUUGAGCUCUUCUUGGAGGCUUGAGAAUCAGACUUAAGGUCUGUUUCUUUUAAUGCUGCAACAAAGGCAGCCACUUUCUACUGGUCUCUCUUUGGCCUCCUGCUCAUCACAGUUAUCAAAUACUGAGGAGGCACUUUUUACUAAAGUAUCAUGUGAACUAUCUGGAGCAAAAGCUAUCUUUUAUAACUUUUCCCUAAUAUUUGAAAUUGACUGAGUAAUAAACAUAUCUUUAAGCAAAAUCUGUCCUAUCAAAUCAGGAUCUAGGGACAUAUGUUUUAUUAGUGCCUAUAAUAAAUGAUCUAAGAAGUCAGAAGGUUUUCUCUCUACUGAAAAAUAACUGUCAAUUUAAAAUAGCAGAAGGCUUGGUUUUUGUCCUUCUUAGACCCUUAGAAGUACACACUUGAAAAUGUCUCCUGCUCCAAUCUUGUUGCUAGGCCAGUAGGAGUCUUGGGUGGGAACUGCUUGUACGUGAAAACUGGGGGUUCCCCAGGCUGUUGAUCUUCUGACUGUCUAAAAUUAACAAUAUAAUAUUCAUCUCCAAAUGCAAUAGCAGCUUGUAAUGCUGUUUGUGUCUCAUUAGAAGUCAAUGUUUGAUUUAAGUGUAACAUUACAGCUUUCCAAUCUAGCUCAUAGCUCUAAGUAAGUCAUCUAAGGACAUUGAUGUACUUUAUCAGAGUCAUCUGAAAAUUUUGCAGAAAUGUUUUUUAAUCUGUUUUAAGUCACUGAGAGAAAAUGGCACAUGAAUUCCAGAAGUUCCAAAUUGUCCAUUUACUCCCUGUCAAGGAUACUGUCCUUGAGGAGCUUGCAUAAACUCAGCUAAGGAUGGGUAUGUCCCUGUGGAGGCCUGAAUUACAGCUGGUCUAGAAGCCUCUUCCUUAAGAUUGGAAGGGCAGGUAGGGGAAACCUUAGGUUCAGUAAUAGUGAGUGUGGUUUUAAUUAAGGCUGUCUUGUUCUCAAAUUCCAAAGUUUAGGGAAGAACAGUCUCAGGCUCCAGAGUAGUAAAUGCUUUAAGGGCCUGAGGUACUUGGUUUUCCUGUGGCUCAUAUUUACAUUUAGAAUAUCAAUAAAGAAUAUUUCUCAAUGCAGAGAAAGUCUAAACAUAAGACAAUUCUGACCAUUUCCCCCUCUUUUUUAUAGUAUGCCUCUAGUUGUAAAAUAGUAAAAUAUUGCUUUUGUUCAUUGAAGAGGGCAUAUGUAAAAACAUGAGUUGGAAGUAAAGCAGUUCUUUGUACUGUGAAGGAGAUCUCCUGAGAUACAGGCAACAAAUAACUUGGGGAAUUCUGCCCUGGGCCCUAGGGCAAAGAAGUCUCUAAGACACUUAUGUCAUCCAUCUCUACCUAGCUAACCUUUCCUAGCAACAGGACAAUGCUAUGCUUUAUUUAAAUUUUUAUGUUUUUGAAGCUCACAGUGUAAAUAUAUUAUCUAGCAAUCACAUUUUAUGUUAGCAAAGGCACACCACUUUUCUAUGCACACAUGAAAGGGCUGAGUAUUUACUCUUAGUUAACAUAUGUAAAGCAUAAAUGUAAAUCAUUUCCCUAGUUUGCUGUGAAAUGUAAACAAUUGUUGCUAGCUGCCUCCACCUAUCUCUGAAGGGAAAAGUAGGCUAGGUGAUUUUAAAAUCCACUAAAAAGCUUUAGGAGAGUUUCUAAUCUACUAGUAGAGAUAUAAUUAUGAUAGAUAAAUGGAGAUUAAUCUCUAGCUGGGAGCCAGUAUCUACUGAGGAACCUUUGGGUGUCUUAGCCAUGACACCUCAGUACUUUUCAGUUUCUAUUGGGCCAGAGGUUGUACUCCAGAAUCUAGCUGUCUGUCUGGUCAACAUUCAUUGGCCAUUGACUUCAAUGGGGAUUCACCAAAGAGAUGCUAAGGAAACCUGACCUAUUCUUUAAGAAUGGAAGCUGCUCUAAGAGUGUUUAAUUAGCUGGCAGAGUAACCAUUGUUUGCCAGAGUUCUAUAAGGGAUAGUUAAAGGCCUGAGCAAGGACAGUAUAUCUUUGGUAAAUUUGUUAUUUAUGUUUUGAACUGAUUUGGUUAGAAUUUUCUGGUUUUUCCCACUCAAAUCCCUGUUUGUUUGAUAAAUCUAUAAAAUUUGGGAUUGUGUUCUCUUUGAACUUCUCUCUUCUUUAAACAAUUCAUAGAAUUCUGCUACCUGGUAUCUGUUUUCCUUUCCAUUGGUGCCCUUUAGAUUUGCCUUGGGAGAGGUUAGAGAGACUUCCAUUACCUUGUUUUCUCAUGUUCAUUUGUGUAAAUAUAUUUAAAUAUGCUUUCUACCCUUUGAAGCUGAGAGUUGAGGUCUAGUAGAGUGAGGAGAGAUUGCAGUGUAUAUGAAGAUCUUUUUGGUCAUAUUUUGACUUCUGAUGAUACAUUUGCUACUUUACUUGUCAACAGAUAGUAUUCACCUCUUUGGCUAUUUAGUUUAAAUGCUUUGGACUCUGAAACUUUGUUGUGAGGAAUAAAUUACUACUGGUUAUAUCAGCAUCAACAGAUCUAAUCAUACAUUUUAUUUAUUUAUUUAUUUGGUGCUGAGGAUCGAACUCAUGAUCUCACACUUGCUAGGCAGGUGCUUAUGCCAUUUAGCUAAAUCCCUGGCAAGACCCUACAUUUAUAUUCCUCUCCUUUAUAACUUGUGCUGUAUGUUAUUAGUAAUCUUUUUACUGGGUUUUGGGGUCCUGGAGUCUCCUUCUGCAGGUGGUUUCUAGGUUCUUUUCCAUCUCAAACAGAAAAUUGAAUGAUGUAAGCAAAAAUGUUGGCAAAGUUUUAUAUUCAUUUGAGGCAGGAAAACUUAAAGAGAAAAAAUUAAAAAUGAAGGAUAAGGGAGAAGCUUUCUCUGCAGAGUCAGUUUGGGUCAAGUAAAAAUAAAAAAUAACAGGAAAAGGAGAAAUAAAAGUACACCAUAGAGAAUAUAACGAAGGCUAAUGGGGGGUGGCAUGUUAGCAAGAUCUACAUGGCAUCUUGUCUUUUUAGUCAUGCCACACAUUGUGGGUUCUUGGAAGAGGUCCAUAUAUUAAGUUCUGAGAAUUUUUUUUGCUUAUGUGUCCUUUUAUCUGGUCAUCCCUCCCUUCCCAACCAGUCUAAAACAUGCCAUAUUUUCAUAUCUCAGUCUGAGAUGUGGAGGGAGAAAGCUGAGAAACAGAUGGAAGGAUGUGUGAAAAGCAGCAUGUAAGCAAGUAGAGGGAAAAGUAAAUAAUAUUACUAGGUUAAAAAUUGGGUGAAGGUCAGUUCUGUUGGAGAUCUUUUGUAUUUGGGUUGUGCAUUUAGUGUUGAGGAUUUUGAGAAGAACUUGUGGAGCACAGGAUAUUAAAGAAGAGAUAUAUAAUUUGACAUUGAGAAUAGCUACAGAGUCAUCAGAACUUGUUGAUAUAAUUGUGUACUUAUAAGGUGGAGAAGGUGCAAGAGAAGACAACAGACUAGGUAAGAUAAGGAAGAGCCAAAAGAAUAGAGCAGCUGGGCAUGGUGGCACAUAUUUGUAAUCCAGCACUGGGAAGGCUGAAAGGAGUACUACUGUGAGUUAGAGAUCAGCCUCAUCUACAUUAGUGAAUUCAAGACCACCAACAUGGUGUUCUGAUAGGGGAUCUAGAGAGGGUGCCUGCUGGGGCAGGCAUGGGGGGCUAAGUGGAGCCUCAGGUGGUCCUGCGGCAUAAGACAGAGACUUGGAGGAUGGGGAUUUAGUUCAGCGCCAUAAGCAUCUGCCUGGCAAGCGCUAGGUUGUGAGUUCAAAGUUCAAUCCCUGGUACCAAAAAAAAAAAAAAAAAAAAAAAGACUGGAAUUGUUUGGCACAGCAUUAGUAUUUCAGCCAGGGAUUUAGCUCAAUGGCAUAUUUGCCUGCCUGAUAAGCUUGAGAUCACAAGUUUGACCCCUGGUACCAAACAACAACAACAAAGACAGAGACUUGGGUUGGCCCAGGUCUCUGGUGAUCCAGGCAGGAGCAGGUGGCUGCACUGACUCAGUGAACACCAUUCCUUUGUUCAUCCUCUCUUUUCCCAGAGUUGGGGAGUGAGGAGGACAAGCUUUCCCUGCUCUUGUUGAACACUGGUGAAGAUGCUGCAGGUGCAGCUUCUUCUGUAUUUGGAGAGGGGAUAAUGGGGAAAAGAGGCCCAUCUGUCCAGUCUUUCCUGGGAGACCAGUCUCUGAAAUGCUCUUUGGUUCCCUCUGGGAGUUUGGGAAAUUCUUAAAAUAGCUACUCCCCAGAUGAGUGGGAUUGGGGGCAGUGUGGAAUGGGCUUAACAGAGCCAUUUCCUCUUUUUAAACUAUCCAGAUAUUUGGUUUAAUCUACAUAUAUGUUCUUUAAAAUUAAUUUUUUUGUAUCAAGUGUAAGUUCCCUUAUACCCUUUUCUGGUACUUGUAUUUUCAGUAAAUCUUCCGAGUAUCUGUUUUGACUCUUCCUCUAAUCAGCCAUAUUGGAUUUUGAAUUCAUAUUCUUUAAGUUGAUAUAACCUACACAUAGAGAGCAGCAAAAAUUGUUUUUUUAUAGAGGUACUAGGAAUCAAACUCAGAGCCUUAGUCCUUUUUAUUUUUAAAUUUUGAGACACCUUCUCCCUAAGUCACUUAAGUUGCCCAGUGUGGGUUCAAACUUGUAAUUGUCCUGUCCUCAGCUUCAGAGUCCUUGGAUUACAGGUGUGUACCUCCAUGCCCAGCCAAAGCAAAAACUUUAAAAGUACUGAUUAAUGAAUGCAAAAGAGUUGAAAUUAUCCCAUGCAUGUUAUCAGACAAUAAUGCCAGGAAACUAGAAAUUAAUGAUAAAAGAAAUUGCAAAAAACCCACAAACACAUGGAAAUUCAAUAAUACACUAUUGAGCAAUCAAUGUGUCACAGGGGAAAUUAAAGAAAUUAAAUAAUACCUGCAAGCAAACAAAAAUACAAAUACAACUUACUGGAAUCUGUGGGAUGCAAUGAAAGUGGUCCUCAGAGGAAAAUUUAUUGCACUGAGAGCCCACAUCAGGAAAACAGAACGAAUACAAAUAAAUAACCUGAUACUAUACCUCAAACAUCUAGAAAAAAAAGAGCAAGUCAAGCCCAAAGCCAAAAGAAGGGAGGAAAUUAUAAAAAUCAGAGCACAAAUUAAUGCAAUAGAGACUAAGAAAACAAUCCAAAGAAUGAAUGAAUCAAAGAGUUGGUUCUUUGAAAGAAUAAAUAAAAUUGAUAAGCCCCUAGCCAACCUUAUUUAAAACAGGAAAGAAAAAACUCAAAUUCAUGCAAUAAGGAAUGAAAAAGGUGAAAUCACUACAAACUCUGUGGAAAUACAGAAGAUCAUCAACACCUAUUUCAGAAACCUGUACUCAGAGGUUCAAUAACACAGAAGAAAAGGACAGAUUCCUAGAAUCCUAGAAGUACAAAAGCUGGGUCAAGAAGAUGUAAAACUGCUGAAUAACCCAAUUUCUAUUAAUGAAAUUGAAAAUGUAAUUAAAUCCUUACCUACAAAGAAGAGCCCAGGCCCAGACAGAUUCACUGCAGAAUUCUACAAGACAUACAAAGACUUAAUGCUGACACUACUCAAACUCUUCAAGGAAAUUGAAAGGGAAGCAAUCCUUCCUAAGUCAUUCCUGAAAGCAAAUACUACUCUAGUACUAAAACCUGACAAAGACUCAAGUAAAAAAAGAGAACUACAAGCCAGUCUCCCUAAUGAACAUAGCAACAAAAAUCCUCAAUAAAAUAUUGGCCAACAGGAUGCAACAAAUCAUCAAGAAGAUUAUAUACCACAAACACGUGGGAUUCAUCCCAGGCAUGCAGGGAUGAUUCAACAUACGUAAGUCAAUAAAUGUAAUCCACCAUAUCAAUAGAGCCAAAAGUAAGACUCAUAUGAUCAUUUUAUAAAUGCAGAAAAAGCUUUUGAUAAGAUCUAACACUCAUUCAUGAUAAGAGCCUUAUAAAUAUUGGAAUAGAUGGUCUUUACCUCAAUAUAACAAAGGCCAUUUAUGACAAACCAUCAGCCAGCAUCAUAUUUAAAUGGCCCAAAACUGAAGGCCUUUACCUUAAAAUCAGGCACAAGACAAGUAUGUCCCUUAUCACCAUUCCUAUUCAACAUAGUACUUGAAAUUCUAGCCAGAGAAAUUAGACAAGAGAGAGAAAUAAAAGGGGUAAAGAUACGGAAAGAAAAAGUUAAAUUAUCAUUAUUUACAGAUGACAUGAUACUCUACAUAGAAGACCCCCAAAACUCCAUUGGAAGACUCCUAGGUAUAAUAAAUAAAUUCAGCAAUGUAGCUGGAUACAAAAUCAAUACUCAAAAAUCAAUACCAUUCCUAUACACUAACAACAAAAUCACAGAGAGAGAAAUAAGGGAAGCCACACCCUUCACACUAGCAUACAAAUAAAUGAAAUACUUAGGAAUUAAUCUCAUGAAAGAAGUCAAAGAUCUAUAAAGGGAAAAUUAUAAUACCCUGAAAAACAAAUAGAAGAGGGUCUCAGAAAAUGAAAAGGCAUCCCUUAUUCAUGGAUAGGAACAAUAAGUAUUGUGAAAAUGGCCAUUAUCCCAAAACUGUUAUACAGAUUCAAUGCAAUCCCAAUGAAAAUAUCAUCAACAUAACCUCAUAGAUCUAGAGAAUUCACUCCUAAAAUUCAGCUGGAACCACAAGAGACUUAGAAUAGCAAAGGCAAUUCUAAGCAGCAAAGGCAAUUCUAAGCAGCAAAGGCAAGGCAGGAGGCAUCUCAAUUCCUGACUUGAAGAUAUACUACAAAGCUACUGUAAUAAAAUCAACAUGGUACUGGAAUAAAAACAUCUAAAAAUCAGUGGAAUAGAUUAGAAGAUAUAACCACAACUACAAACACACUCAACCACCUUAUCUUUGCUAAAGGGGCCAGAACGUAUAUGUGCACCCGUGUUUAUAGCAGCACAAUUUGUAAUAGCCAGAUCUUGGAAACAACCUAAAGUGUUCAUCAACUGAAGAAUGGAUAAAAAGAUUUGGUAUUUUUAUACAAUGGAGUACUAUUGAGCUAUAAAGAAUGAUCACACUGAGAUACUUAUAAAUAAAUGGAUGCAACUUGAGACCAUAUGCAUAAGGAAAACACACCAAACUCACAUAUAUAAAUACCGUAUAGUCUCCCUAGUGUAAGAAGUGGUAAGUGUACAUAAGAUUUUAUGGGAAUCAUGAUUCCCCAUUAUACUGCUUUGAAGCCUUAAAAUGUUUUCAUUCAUUAGUUGCAAUGGUUUUAUUCUGUUUUGUUUGAUUUUAUUAUCUGUGAUGCUAUGAACAGCUAUUUUGAAGAAAACAAGACAUUAUGAUAGCCAUUGCUGAUUUGAUAUCAUCUUACUUUGAAAUCCUACCAUGCUUUUGUUCUUCUGUUUCCAUUGGUUCUAUCAUGUUGCAUCUUAUUGGAUUUUAAUAUGUAUGAUAGUAUAAACAAAUUUUUAUGGAAAAUGCGAUAAUAUAGUAGCCAUUGUUCAUUUUCUCUUAUUUGGUUCUGAAUGCCCUGUAACACUUUCAUUCUAUUGAAUGGUUUUAUUCUAUUUUGUUAUGUUUGAUACUAUUGUAUGUGAAGGUAUGCUCAACUAUUUCAAAGAAAAGAGACAUUAUGGUAGCUACUGUUACCAUCGGAUUGUCUUGUGGUGAAGUACUGUGUUGCUUACAUUGUUCUGAUCUGCUUUGUUCUGUCCUUUUUGGUCUUAAUCUCUUUAAAAUAAAAAAGUUAUAAAUAUAUAUGCAUCAAUCAUCAGGACACCAAUUAUAUAAAACAAAUAUUAAUGGACUUGAAAAAAAAAGAAAAAUUAGAUAAACACUAAUACAAUUGUAAUGGUGGACCUCAAUACUGCAAUGUCACAAAUAGGUUAACUAGACAAAAAAAAAAUCAAAGAGAUCGCAGAGCUGAACUAAAUCUUUUAACAAAUGAACUUAGUAGAUAUUGCAGAGUUCACCUUCCCUCUCCCUCCACCUUCUCUCUCUCCUCCAUCUCUUGGUCACCUUCAUUGUUGUGAAAGGUCUAUAUCCCAGUUUCUUUUUAUCUUUCAUUUUUCCAUAUAUUGUCAUUUUCUCAUAUAAUUGAAACCACGUGAUAUUUAUGCUUGUAUGUUUGGUUUAUUGCAGUUAACUCUAUAGUCACAUGGUGUAUCUCUUUUCCUACAAAAGACUCAAGUUUACUUUUCCUUAUGGCAUAAUAAUAUUCCAUUGCAUAUAAAUAUCACAUUUUCUUUAUCCAUUCAUCUUAUGAUGGACAGACAGGCCACUUCCAAAAUUUACUUAUUAUGAGUUGAUACCUUUGACUGUUUUAGGAAGAUACAUAGAAGGGGAAUAGCAUGAGGUGGGGUAUAUAGCUCAGUGACAUAAGUGUCUGCCUAGCAAGUGCAGGGUCCUAAAUUCAAUUUCUGGUACAAAAAAAGGAAUUGAUAGGUAAAAUUGAAUUUGUAGUUUUAGUUUUUAAAGGAAUAUUCAUAUGGAUUUCCAUACUGGCAAUACUAGUUUACAUUCCCACCAACAAUGUGGAACAGUUUCUUUUCCACUCAGCUCCCCCAGCAUUUGUUAUUAUUUGAUUUGUUGAUGGUAGCCAUUUUUUUCUGGGGUAAGACAGAAUCUCAGUGUUGUUUUAAUUUGCAUUCCUCUAUUGAUUAAUGGUGUUGAGGAAUAAUUCAAUGGGCAUUCAUAUUUCUUCUAUGAAGUGUCUUCAUUUUAGAUGCCCAUUUUUAAAAUUUUUUUUCCUUUAUAAAAUCUUAUUAUUUGAGGUCUUUUUUAAUUCUAGGUAUUAGUUCUGGGUCUGAAAAAUAGCUGACAAUUUGCCAUUCUAUAGGUCAUAUCUUCAUUCUGCUGGUUGUUUCCCUUGCCAUAUGGAAGCUUUUUAAUUUGAUAUAGUCUGAUUUGUUGAUUCUUCAUGUUAUUUCUUGUGCAAUUGAUGUUCUCUUUAUAAAGCCCUUGCCUAUAUCUAUGUCUUCAACAGUUUUACUUGUUUUAUCUGUGAGUAGAUUAAGCAUUGUCUUAACAUUUAGAUUUUGAUCAACUUUUAUUUUAGUACAUGGUAAUACAGAUCUAGAUUCAUCUUCUGUAUGUGGAUAGCUAGUUUUCUUUGUACAGCUUGUUAAAGAGUUUACCCUUCCUCUAACCUGUGCUUUUGUCUCUUUUGUGAGUGAUCAGAUAUUUGAAUGUUCCUGAAGUUGUUUCUGUAUCCUCCAUUCUGUUCCAUUGAUCCACAUUUCUGUUUUUGUGCCACUAGCAUGCUGUUUAUCACUGUUGCAACACAUGGAACAGUGCUCUUACCUUUGUAAAAUAACUUUGUAAUAUAACUCAAAAUCUGGAAUUAUGAUGCCUCCUUCUUUGCGCUUGUUGCUCAGAGUUGCUUUUGCUAUUCUGGGUCUCCUCUAAUUUCAUAUAAAUUUUUGGAUUGUUUUCUUUAGUUCUGUGAAGAAUUUUACUGGUAUUUUGUUUGGGAUUGAUGAAAUAUGUUCGUUUUGAAAGUAUUGUCAUUUUUACUAGAUUGCCUGUCCAAGAAAAGGGUAUAUCUUCUUAUAAAGAGACACUGAACCUAACAAUGACAAAAGAUCUAAUAGAAUGACUAUAUCAGGUAGGGUGAGCAGUUGAGUUCAAGGAAGAGAUAUGGAAUCAGCAACAGAAAAAUAAGACGAUGAUAAGAUUAAGCCAGUAGCUACCAGUAAUAACUCUCAAUGUGAAUGGUCCCAGUUACCCAAUCAAAAGACACAGACUGGCAGAAUGGAUUAAGAACAAAAUCCACUGGUAUGCAGUGUACAAAAAUCAAAUUGAAACCAAAAAGAAACUCAUAGGCUAAACUCAAAGGAAGGGAAAAUUUCCAUCAAAUAGGAAACUCUCAAAAAGCAAAUAUAGCCACUGUAUAUUCAGAAAAAGUAGAUUUCAAGCUAAAGUAGAUGAACAGGGGCAAAGAAGAUCACUGCAUAUUGGUUAAGGGAAUAAUUGAAUGGGAAGUGAUACCAAUUACAUAUAUACAUGGAAGAACAGUGCACUCAACUUUGUAAAAUAAGCACUACUGGACAUGAACAUAAAAGACAUGAACAUAACUACAAAUAUAGUGGAUGACAACAAGGAAAUAUUAGUGUUCAAUAAAACCUUAAAACACAUGAAUUUAAUAGAUAUCUAGAAGUGUUCAACCCCAAAACAACAGAAUACAUAUUUUUCUAAGCAACACAUGGAAAUUUCUCUAAAAUAGAUGACAUACUAACCAAUAAAGCAAACUUAAGCAGAAAUAAAAGAAUUGAAAUUAUUCCAUGCAUAUUACCAGAUCAUAGUGCAAUGAAACUAGAAAUCAAUAAAAAACCUUAAUUUUGAAAAUGUAUGGAAAUUUUAAAAAUAUGCUUAAUUGGUGAUUUACUGAAGAAAUCAAAGAAAAAAUAAAACAGCUUCUAGAACUAAAUAAUGGCAACACAAUACAUCAGAACUUAUGCGGAUAUAAGGAGUUCUAAGAGGAAAGUUUAUAGCUGUGAAUGUUCAAGUCAUAAAAAACAAAUUAUUCCAAGUAAAUAGGGUUGCACCUCAUUAUCCUAGAAAAAUAAGAACAAUCCAAACCCAAAUCUAAGCUAGGCAUGGUGGCACAUGCUGUAAUACCAGCACUCGGGAAGCUGAGGUAGGAAAUUCAAGGCCAGCCUAAGUUGCACAGUGAGAUCUUGUCUCAAAAAGACAAAAAAAAAUUCAAUACAAUUAGAAAUGAAAAAGCUGAAUUCAUAACAGGCAUUGUUGAAAAUAAAAGAUUAUUAAUCACUCUGCAAAACUGUAAGUAAAAUAUUGAAGGAUCCAGAGGAAAUGCAUCAAUUCCUAUAUACAUAUAAAUUACCAAAUGUUAACUAAGACAAAUUGAAAUCCCUGAAUAAAUCAGUAGCAGGCAAUGAAAUUCAAGCAGUAAUGAAAAACCUACCAACCAAGAAAGGCCAGGUCCAGAUGAAUUCACUGCUGAGUUGCACAAAAACUUUAGCAAAAGUCUAACAUAAAUGUUUCUCAAAUUCUUUAAUAAAAUUAAAAGGGAAACUGUCCCAAAAUCAUUCCUGAAAUCUACCAUUGCCUUGACUCCUAAACUAAACAAGGAUUAACUAAAAAGGAGAACUAUAAACCAGUCUCAUUCAUGAAAAAAGACACAAGAAUCCUCAACAAGAUAUUGGUAAACAAAAUGCAGUGAAUCCUCAAAAAGAUCAUGUAUCCUGACCAAGUAGGCCUUCAUGCCAGAGAUGCAAGAAUGGUUCAACAUAUGCCAAUAAAUAUGAUAUAUCACAUAAACAGAAGGACAAAAAUCACAUGAUCAUCUUAAUAGACACAGAAAAAGCCUUUGACUGAAUCUAUCCUUUCAUUAUAAAAACACUGAAGAAAAUAGGUAUAUAAAGACCUUAUCCUAGUCUGACAAAAGCCAUUUACGGCAAACCUACUGCCAAUAUUAUAUUAAAAGAGAAAGUGCUUAAAGCUUUCCUCAUAAAAUCAGAAACAAGUCAAGGCUGUCCAUUAUCAUUACUUCUAUUCAACAUAGUACUUGAACAUAUCAAAAACAAUUAAGCAAGAAAAAGAAAAGUGAUAUGUACAGAAGAGAAGAAGUCAAAUUAUCAGCAUUUGCAGAUGACAUGAUCCUGUAUAUACAACCCCCAAAUCUACUAAAAGACCUUAUAAUUAAUAAUCAAACUUACUAAUGUAGUAGAAAACAAAAUCACAUAAAAGUCAAUAGUGUUCCUGUAUACUAAUACUGAACCCACUGAGGAAUAAAUUAGAAAAAUAUCAUUUAGAAUUAACUAAGGAAGGGAAAGACCUCUACAACAAAAACUGAAGUAAAUCAAAGAGGACAUCAGAAAAUGGAAAGGAGCAGGCCCGGGGAGAGAGGAGCCCACUGCAGUGUUGGGGACAGAUAAAGCCAAGGGCUCCGGUUUUCUUGACAAGCUCCCGCGGGUUUUCUUGCAAAUCUGCAUUUGGAAUUUUAAAAUUUUUCCUAAAAUAAUCCCCCCCCCAUCUUUACUCCACAUCCCUCGAUCCCCUGAGCUUCCGGGCUCACAAAAGCCGGAGCCCACCCGGGCAAGCAUCAAUUCCAAGGAAAAAGAGAUGAUUUGGGGAAGAUGAUAACAGCUAAGCCAGGGAAAACACUGAUUCAGGUAUUACACGAAUACGGCAUGAAGUCCAAGAACAUCCCGGUUUAUGAAUGUGAAAGAUCUGAUGUGCAAAUACAUGUGCCCACUUUCACCUUCAGAGUAACCGUUGGUGACAUAACCUGCACAGGUGAAGGUACAAGUAAGAAGCUGGCAAAACACAGAGCUGCCGAGGCUGCCAUAAACAGUUUGAAAGCCAAUGCAAGUAUUUGCUUUGCAGUUCCUGACCCUUUAAUGCCUGAUCCUUCUAAGCAACCAAAGAAUCAGCUUAAUCCUAUUGGUUCAUUACAGGAACUGGCUAUUCAUCAUGGAUGGAGACUUCCAGAGUAUACCCUUUCCCAGGAGGGAGGACCAGCUCCUAAGAGAGAAUACACAACCAUCUGCAGGCUAGAGUCAUUUAUGGAAACUGGAAAGGAGGCAUCAAAAAAAAAAAAAAAAAAACAAGCCAAGAGAAAUGCUGCUGAGAAAUUUCUUGCCAAAUUUAGUAAUAUUUCUCCAGAGAACCAUAUUUCUCUAACGAAUGUAGUAGGGCAUUCCUUAGGAUGCACUUGGCAUUCCUUGAGGAAUUCUCCUGGCGAAAAGAUCAACUUACUGAAAAGAAGCCUCCUUAGUAUUCUAAAUACAGACUACAUCCAGCUGCUUAGUGAAAUUGCCAAGGAACAAGGCUUUAGCAUAACAUACUUGGAUAUAGAAGAACUCAGUGCCAAUGGGCAGUAUCAGUGUCUCGCCGAACUGUCAACCAGUCCUAUCACGGUCUGUCACGGCUCGGGUAUCUCCUGUGGCAAUGCACAGAGUGACGCAGCUCACAAUGCUCUGCAGUAUUUGAAGAUAAUUGCAGAAAGGAAGUAAAGCUGGGGCACCUUAGAAAAUCCUUCAGUAGCACUUUAAAGAGUUCUGUCACUCCUUCCCAAGUAAAACUUCUACUGUAAUGUGAGUUGUUUCCAGAUCUCUCCCAAUUCAUCAACACUCCAAAUUUAAUUAUCUCCUGGUAGUUGUUACUAAGCUCUUUUUAAUGGCUUCAACUUUGUAUUGAUAUAUUGUAUUUAUAAACUUUGUACCACAAGGCAUGGUGUAGCACCCAGUCUACAGAGCCAGGCACAUAGGAGGAUGCUAAUGAUGGGAACAAAAGUACUGCUAGCAGCAGUCUUCCUGGUGCUUAAACUCUUGCACAAGGCUUUAUAAAGGGAAUUUGAAGGAAGUCCUUUAGGAUUACAGUGUCAAGGGACAACAUUAACCAGCUCUUAUUGAAUGUGACUUAAAUUUCAGGAAACAUGAUUGGCCUGCUGUGUAUUCAAAGCCAUGUAAUAAAGAGCUCUUGUUAUAAAAAAAAAGAAAAUGGAAAGAUAGCCCCUAUUUUUGGGUAGGCAGAAUAAAUAUAGUCCAAAUGGCCAUAUCAUCAAAAUUCAUGCACAGAUCUAAGGCUAUCCCAAUCAAAAUACUAACAGCAUUCUUCAUAGAACUGGAGAAAAUACUCCUAAAAUUCAUAUGGAGCCAGAAGAGACUGAAUGGGUUUUUGUUUUUUGUUUUGUUUUGUUUGGAUUUGGUUUUGGUUUUUUCCUCCCUCAUGGAAAAGCAAAGAACUGCAUCAGGACUCAAAGAAUCAUCAGGAUAUGGAACCAGCAAGGAAAACAUGGGUAACUGCUUCCAGAGCAGCCUUCCAUAGUCAAAAGUUGGCUAAAGGGAGACCCAAAAUAAGGUCUCAUAAAAUGUUAUUUCUCAACUAACCCUGGUAGAUACCACUGUAAUAGAUUAGUCUGUUAUUACUGUAGCUGAUUUUAUUGUAUAGAAAUAAUUCUAACUCAGUGAACAAUUUUGUGGCAGUGACCCUAUCUGCCCAAUCUACCAUCACAUCCAAGGAGAGGGACAGCAAGAUUUUCUAACCCAAGAACUUGGACUACAUCAGACUCUGCAAGAAUAUCUGCAACGUGGCAGAAAGAAGUCUUGAGUCUGAGUUUCAGUAUUAUGGUAGAAUAAUCAGGAGUUAUUGGGGUGCGAGCAUUCAGAUUCUCUGGAAAAGUGGCUACUCGGGAAUCAUGUAUUCAAUGUCUCAUUGGAGUAUUUAAUCUGUGGUCCUAUUGGAUAUUUUAUAGGUUUUUUAUAUGUUUCUUUAUUUAAUAAUGUGGGGCUAUUUUAUAUCCUUUUGUGGUUUCCUACAUUUAUUAGAUUGUUACAUUUGUAUAUUUAUUGUUUCAUUGGCACAGACUUAACUAACAGAGGUUUAGAUUUUCUCCCUUGUCUCAGCUCCCUAUCCAGUUUCUUCACCUCAAAAUCCCAACAAUAAUAUUAACAUAUUUCUUUAUUUUCCCAAACACAUAAACUCCUCCUCACAGAUUUUAACAUUCCCCAUAUUUAGCUCCAUUACAGCCACUCCUAUCUUCUCAAGCAUUAUUCCUCAACCAUCCCUAUACUAAGCCUUUGGUUCUCCCAUAUCUCACUUAGCUUAUUGUUCUUCCUAUCAGCAAGUUCUGACACCCACAUAGCUUUCCUCAAUCACAAAGUAAAACCCAUUUCUCCCGUACCUCCCGUUUCCCUACAAAAUAUCCUCUGAAAACUCAAUACUAAACUUUCAAUUCAAAUAAAAGUAAAUCCAAUAAAAUCAGAACAAACAUCAAACUUUUCUUCUCACAUACCACUUUCCUCUUUAAACCUCCCCCUUACUGUCUGACACUCAUCCAACCACCCCCAUUCACACCACUCCACUGCACCUACCUCAUGAUAGAGCAAUAACAAAUAAUAAACUGUAAUAGUGUGCAUAGCAAAUAGAAAAAUGGGCAAAGUGUAACUGUAAGGACUAUCAUGUAGAAGUGUUGUAAGAUUGAAUCUAUGGAUACUACUAUACAUAGAAGCAAUUCUUUUGGCAAAACACAGGGACAGAGUCAAAAUCACUUAAAUAACAGAGUACCACUGGAUAUACAAUGCUAAAAUUUAUUUAAGAGGAGUCAAUAUCCUACUGGAAAUCUGUAUAAGCCAUAAACUCUCCUCUAGUCCCCAACUUACAGUAAACCCCCCCAACAAAAGCAAGGUAAAAAAAGGGGGAUAUAUAUAUGAUAUACAUAUAUAUAUUAUAUAUACAUAUAUAUUAUAUAUAUAACACAAAUACACAUAGGAGAAUGGAAAAGCAAGGAACUGGAAGAUCACCAGCCGCUUCAACUCUUCCCAAGGGGUCACAAAGCAAAAAGAAAGUUAAUACCAGGUAACACCAAUCUUUGAAAAGUUCUUAGAAGUGAUGAAGAAGACAGAUGAGUUCAAUGAAGAAAUCAACCAAAGGUUUAUGGCAGUUACACUCAAUAUGCACAUAGUGAAUUUUUGAAAAAUAUGUAAAAUACUGAACAAGCUAAGCAAAACCUUUCAAACUUUGAACAACUGAUUCAAAAAGAUACAGAAUCCUCAUAAAAAUGUCAGAAAGAGCUCUACAUCCCUCUCCCCAUCCCGGCUGCACUUAGAGAACUGUGCAGCUUCCAACAAGUAGGCGGGCACACGCUAUCCCCUGAGCCUAGCCUGUUUGGGACUCCCGCACCUCAACAUUGGUGUGCAGAGGAGGGGCUGGGCGAAUCUGGGGCACCUGCAUCAGCCUCCCCGUGUGUCUGGAGGUCUGUGGAUAUCUCAGCAAGCAGGGGAGGAUAGCAGGUUCCAGAGGCACCAUGGCCUUGGUGAGUGCUCAGCGCACUCUGCCCAAAGCCCAGACUGUUUGGGACCCUCCAGGCUUCCGGGUGCAGUGAAGUGGAGAGGUGGGUUUGAGGCGGCUACAACUGCCUCCGCAACCCAGCUGCGCUUGGAGAGCUGUGGAGCGUCCAAUGGGCAGGUGGGCGCACAGUGUCCCUGAGGCCCAGCUUAUCUGGAACUGCAGAGUUCUAAACAGGCAGAUGAGGGCCAUUGGUUCUGCAGGCCCAGUGGCUUGGGGAAACGGGAUGACAGAGUCUCAGUAGCUGCAAACAUAGAAGGGGAUUUCCAACAGACCCUGAGGAAGCUUUCAAAUAACACGUGAAACACAGAAAUAUAGGAAAAUGACAAAACGAAAGACCAAAUUACAACCUCAAACCUCCAGCACAUCUCAAGAAACCCUAGGAGCGAUGUAUAUAGAAGAAAAUAUAUGCCAUUCACCUCAAAUAUCGGACACAAUAGCUACUGAAAUUAACAAGCAAAUCCAGGAAGCUUUAAAGAAAUUCAAGCUCAAAAUAAUCUCCCAGGUAAAAGAAGAAAUGAUAAAAGAAAUGAAAGAGAUUCUGAAUAUAUCUAAAGAAAACACAGAUAAAAAAUUGGAGGAACUAAACAAAAAGAAUCCCGAGACGAGCAAUAUAAGAAACAAACAGAAUACAUAAUGCAGAUGCACAGAGAUAUACAGGAAAUAAAAAGCUCCACUGAAAGUUGUAAAAACCGCCUUAAUGAAAGUGAAGAUAGAAUUUCAGACCUUGAAGACAGGAUUGCAGCUAGUGAACAGGAAAGGAAAGAUCUUUAAAAAUAACAAGGAAUCAGGAAACAACAAUUCAACAACUGCAAGAUGAUGCAAAGAAAAAUAACAUAAGAGUGAUAGGGAUUAAUGAAAAAGGAGACAACAUAAAGGAUGUCAAGAGGAUAUUUAGAGAAGUAAUAGCUGAAAAUUUCCCAAGCAUGAGAUCAGAAACUGACAUCAGGAUCAGUGAAGGAUAUAGAACUCCAAAUAGUCAUAACCAAAAUAAAACUACACCCAGACAUAUAAUAAUCACCAUCCCAGAAAUCCAACAAAAGAAUAGAUUAUUAAAAGCUGUCAGAGAGACAAGACAGAUCACUUAUAAAGGAAAACCUAUCAGAAUCACAGCAGACUUCGCAGCACAAACAAUGAAGUCAAGAAGAGCAUGGAGUGAAGUAUUCCAGAUCGUAAAGCAAAAUGAUUUCCAAACUAGACUGAUGUAUCCUGCAAAACUAUCAUUCAAAAUUGAUUGUGAAAUACGAUACUUCCAUGACAAAGAACAGCUGAAGAACUUCAUGAACACCAAAUCAACCCUGUAAAAAUAUUGAAAGACAGUUUAGAUACACAAAGGAAAAAACCACUAAGCAAAGCAGAUAAUUAAACAGAACAGAAAGAUAAAGAUGCAACAGCAGAGAUAACAUGUCAACAAUAAACCAGCAUUUAACAGUAAUAACCAUUAAUGUAAAUAAAUGUUCUCAAUGCAACAAUCAAAAGAAACAGACUAGCAGAAUGGAUCAAGAAACAAAAUCCAACCAUAUGCUGUUUACAGGAAACCCAUCUAACCCAGAAGGAUACUCACAGACUGAAAGUCAAAGGAUGAAAAACAAUAUUUCAUGCAGCAGGAAUCCCAAAAAAAGCAGGAGUAGCCACUCUGCUGGCAGAUAACGUGAACUUUAAACCAACAAUGACCAUAAAGGACAAAGAAGGUCACUACAUACUCGUAAGGGGAAAACUCCAAGAGGAAGAGAUAACUAUCUUAAAUAUAUAUGCACCAAACUCCAGAGCACCCAGUUAUAUAAAACAACUAUUAACAGAAAUGAAAACUCAAAUUAUCAGUAACACAAUUGAAACAGGAGACCUUAAUACGCCAUUGACACCAAGGGACAGAUCAACCAGACAGAAAAUGAGCAAAGAAAUAACAAAACUGAAUCACACCUGCGAACAAAUGGAUUUGAUAG